UUUAUUAUAGGUUAUGAUGUGACUAAAUUUGAUACCGUUUAACGCGUAUCUUAUGCGUGGUUCCCUUUAUAUUUUCCCCAAAUUUGCUUAAUUACGUUAAUUAUCAAAGUUUUCAUCAGUUAUUCCUCAAAGUUGAGACUCGUUCUAAAUGUUCUUAAAUUAAUAAAUCAUUCACACAUGUAUUUGCCAUCAUAUAUCAGUCUUGCGAUAACACAAGCUUGAUAAACUGAUAAAAUUAAUUUCCAAGCAUCAUAUCUCUCAAUUAAGUUAAAUCUCGUCGAGUUAAUUAGUAGCACUCACGAGAUUCGAAUUUCAUUCGCAAAAUGAGCGUCGAUUCUGAGUGUACAAUUUUAGUUACCGGUUUUGGCCCUUUGGAACAUGUGGUGAAUGCCAGUUGGGAAGCGGUGAAGCAAUUGCAAAAACUAUGGAUAGAUUCUAAAGAGUAUUCUGACGUAAAAUUAAUUAUCAAAAAUAUUCCAGUAUCAUACAGUGAUGUAUCCAUUCAGAUUCCUCAACUUUGGAAGAAAUACAAUCCUACAAUUGUCCUACAUGUAGGUGUAUCACACAAAGCUGAAGCUUUAAUGAUUGAAUGUCAGGCUUGCAGCAAUGGUUAUAAUAGAUCUGACAUAAACAAAAUGUGUCCUGAUGAAACAAACAUUGAGUGUAAUGUCUUGGAAACUCGUAUAGAUACCAAAGAACUUUGCAGUCAUGUGAAUAAAAAUUAUAAGAAACAUAAAUGUAGAGCUUGCCUCUCAGAUAAUGCUGGCAGAUAUCUGUGCGAAUAUAUAUUUUAUCAAUCUCUCGCUAUUGAAUCGUCAAAGACACUAUUUGUACAUGUUCCAGAUUUUGACAAGUAUUCCAGUAUACAAACUGCUAAAGAAAUUAAUAUUACAUCGAUUAAGGUCCAUACACCUAAGCUGAUGCUGUGUAAUGCAAUUGCCGCUAGUCUCAUCGUCGAGAAUAAUAUGAAUUCAGAGGAGAACGAUGGAAAUAAUCAGGGUAAAGCAGAGGUCAAAGUGGAUGGAGUCAGUUUAAAGAAUGAUAAUCAAUCAGUGGACCAGGGUGCUAUGAUGUCUAAAGUACAGCUGGAGAAUAGAACUGCUGUAGAAGAGUUAAGGUUAAAUAAUAACAGCAAUGACAUCAAGCUUGUAUUACCAUCUGUCAAAACAUCCGUCAUGUUUUCCAAUGGAACAAAGUCUGUGCAAGCUCCUAUGUCUGAUUGUGCCAAUUCCUUGGAACAGAAUGUUUCUCAAGACAUGUCAAAUGUGAACGUAUCUUCUAUGUUUACGAGCACCACCAACAUCAAGCCUCAAACUACAAACACCAAUGCUGUCAAUUGUCAAUUGAAGCUUAAGACUGUCACGAAUGCAAGCGCAUUGAAUUUGCCUAAGUCUCAAAUGCAUUUGAAUCUAUCUUCCACUCAAAUGAAUACACAUGUUAAUCAUAAUUUGGCAUCGACUGUUCUUAAUUCUACUGCAACCACCAGUGCUAUGUUAUAUUCAAGUGUACCUAUGUUAAAUGCACCAUUAAUGCCUCCUAAUUUAUCAACGAGUAAACCAAAUGAUGACAUAGACAUGAAAAACAAUGUGGAUUAUGUAUCUGCCAUAGAGAAAUGUCCUUCUAAAGUUUCUUGCAGUUCAGACUCUAGUCCAGAGGCUGACUGUUCUUGGACAUCAAAGUCCUAUGGAUCUAAACGUAUAUUGAAUAAUAUAGGUGGUAGUAUAGGUUCAACGAGUCAAGGAACUUGUUGUUUUUUAAGACCUAAUAUCAAUGGCAGCAGAGAAGUUGCUGGACCCAGUGGAAUACAGAGAGCUUCACAGAGAGAACAGAUGGAACGAAUGGAUUCUAGUUCUGGAAACGAGGGGGACAUGUCUGAUGGAGAAGACUAUUGUAUUUAUACUUAUAAGGGGAAUGACGAUGUAAUCCAUUUAAAUCAACAGGAAGAAUUACAUCAGGGUCAUGUAGAAAAUCACGAAGGAGAGGGACAGAAUCACAGUGGUAGAUCGAGUCCGGAGAUGGAUUUUCUGGAAAUGGAUUUUGAUCCUGGACCUUCUUGUGAACAGGAUACUGGAGAUAGCGAUUUGGCCUCUAUAAAUGAAGACAUACAGAACAUAGCAUUAGAUAAUAUAGAAUCAGAUCCUAUAUUAAACGAUCUAAGCAGUGGAAAAGUUGUGUCUAGACAAAGCUUGCUGUCUAUGCCACAAACUUCGAAACAAAGUACACAAAAUGUUAAUCAUACGAAUUUUCAACAAUGUGCAAGUAAUCAAUCCAUAAUAGAACAGAGUGCGAAACCAACUUAUUCCGCUCCAUGGAUGCCUAGUACUAGUUCUGGAACUGGAAGAUGGGAUAGUGCGUCACUCUAUCGUAAUACGGGUUGUCCAUUACGCGAAUCUUAUGGUUAUCAUAACACGAGUGGUGACCUUAUAUCACCUGGUGAUAAUAGAGAUUCGGAUUCUGAAUUAUGGGUCGAGCCUUCGUCAACGUCUGUUCCGGACAAUUCCACUUUGAACGCCAGAAAAGUUAAUCUUAGUUCUACACUUUACCAUAGAAUGAUGGCUAAGAAACUAAUGCUCAAUAAACAAGCUGCAUUUAAUCAAAGUGGCGAUUCCAAUCUGGAAAACGAACUGUGUAAUGAACGAUUGGAUGGACUACCACCAGUUGAAAAAGUAAUGUUGUGGAGUGAACAAGAAGCUACAAUGAAACAAGUAACACAAAUUGGUACCUCUGCCUGUGGUGCUACAUCUGCAAUUAAUGCUUUGCUGGCCUUAAAUGCAUCAUUUUCCUUGGAAGUAUUAGUAAAAGGUGUAAAUACAAGGUUGAGAGAAUUGGGUGUGCCGUUACCGAGAUACCUCGUCAGUCGAUCGGUAGCGGGAGCAACUCAUAAAGAUAUAGCACGAGGAAUAUCCUUGUCCACAAAUGGCGCAGCUGUAACAAAGUUCUUUGCAUUUUAUCCAGAGAGAAAGGUGUCAUUAUCUCAUUGGUUACAUUAUUGGAUUUCCAGGGGUGCUGCACCAAUUGCAACGUUGAAUUUACAACAUUGUGGAGAAGGUUGCGACAUACCAGAUGCAUGGCAUCAUCAAAUGAUUUUUGGUGUAGGACCAGCUGGCAUAUAUUUAACAAAUCCUCUUGAAUGUUUACCUGAACAGCUCGUGUGGCAUCAAUUAGUUAGCCCUAGUAUUCUGUUAAUACGAAAAACAGAUGUUCUAGCACAUUGGAACGCAAAUACAGAUCUAACGUCACUUGCGACAAUGGAUCAGAAAUGGCGAAAACUUAAUGUGCUUGGGCAAGUUGUAAAUAUGGUGCGUGAAUCGAUGAGUCGAAGACAACAACCUAAUAACACGACUACCGGAAUGACUCACAUUCGCAUUCCGGCGUCUUAUCAAGCAGGCAUUACGUUGGUCAUGUGUGCAGAUUCCGCCGCAGCCACCGAGUUAUUACAUGCAGAACAACUACCAUUACUCUAGUCCUAUUGAUCAAAAUUAAUAAAACGGACUGGCCCACUUGAUUUAUAAUACAUUUUAUUAGCAGGCUAAUACAAUGCCCUUAUUAAUAGAUCGUUUAUGUACUAUGUAAAAACCAACAGGAUAGAAAUAAUUUACAUUUUUGACACAGAACGCGUUUGUAUUCAAAGAGAAUAUUAUCGAUUAAAAUAUAUUUCAAUAUAAUA